AUGGAUUCGCGAACCGCAAUUUCGAUGGAUAAUGCCGAAAGUAACAGUCAUUUAUUCCUUUCCGAUGAAAAAAAGGGAGCUAGCCAUAAUUUUAGCACCCCCGAUUACUACCACAACAGGAGGGAGGAUAAAUUUAAGUUCGCGCCGGGUCACAACUACGGCCACAACUACGACCGCAGUUACAACCACAGCUACGAUCACAGCUACGGUCACAGCUACGGUCACAGCUAUGGUCACAGCUACGGUCGUCACACCUACAAUCACAGCUGCGAUAAUAGUUAUGGCCAUGGUUACGAUCAUAGGCGCGGCCUUAGCCACACCCACAAACACAACGUUUCACCCCCUUCCUGCGGCGUCGAUUUGAAGAGCGGGAAAAACAGGUUCGACUCUUUCGCAGCCCCCAAAAGUUACAGUCACGUUGUUAAGGGAGAAAAUGCAAAGCUUUGUGGAAACGUCGAGACGUUAUUAGAUGUGGGACCCUGUGAAGAUGAUCCUAGAAAGGGAGAACCCGAGAUUUUCCCGAACCCGCAUAGCACCAGUUUACAUAGCACAGAUCAUGAUUCGCAAGUAGCUACGCACCAUCAUAUAUGCCACAGUGGGGGGUACACAGACGAGGUGGGGACGGUGGACAGGAGGAACCGAGAAGAGCUCUCAGAACGGGCAGAUCAUACUGCACUGGGACAGCUGGACGAACCUGUGGAGAAGGAUCAAAUCUUCCAAACAGAAACUAUUGCCUACAAACCGCAUGACCUGAGUACCAACGGAUCCAUUUACACAAAAGAGUACAAAGCGAAUAACGAAAAAGUGAGACAAAAUAAUAUUAACAAUCAAAUUAUUAAGGAUAUUAGAAGAAGUAAAUCAAAUUAUAAUUUCAGAAAUAUAGUCAUUACGAAUGUUUUUUUGGGAAAUAUUCCUCCGAAUAUAACAGAGGAGAGGAUAAAAAACGUAUUGGAAAUUUUUGGCUACAUAAUCCACAUUGAGUAUAAAUGGUCUAUUGAUAAAUGGUCCUAUGCAUUUGUCUACUUCGUUGACGAGAAGUGUGCAAUAAAUGCUGUGAACAUUUUGAAUCAGAAGAAAUUUUUUGACAACUCUCCCAAUCACAAGCUGAUAUGCUUUAUCGUUUCGAAGCAAAUUCCGAACCAGAACACGCUUCACUACAGCAAGGCCAAUUUUUCCCUCUUGAAGGACGGUCCUCCGGGCGCAAAUCUUUUCCUGUACGGAAUCCCCCUCAAGUGGACCGAACUGAACCUGAUCCAACUGGUUAACAAGUACGGCCAUGUCGUGGGCCUUAGAAUCCCAUACAUAAACAACGAACAUGAUAAGAAGCAGGGGAAUAGAGGCUUUGGUUUUGUGUCAUACGACAACAAGAAGUCUGCCAUUGAGGCGUUUGAGGAGCUGUCCAAAAUGUACAUCCACGGGAAGCUCCUGAAGGUGCAGUUGAAAAAUGGAGAGGAGCAUUUGUUGCCGCCCAAGCUGAAGAGCAUGUACAGCGCGAGCGUGGGAGUCAACCCCAAUGUGAGCAUGAACAGCAAUGUGAGCAUGAACAGCAGCGUGAACAUGAACAGCAGUGUGAACAUGAACAGCAGCGUGAACGCGAACUCCAGUAUGAACAUGAACAGCAGUGUGAACGCGAACUCCAAUGUGAACGCGAACUCCAGUGUGAACAUGAACCCUGACAUGAGCAUCCAUGCCAGCCCAGACGUCAACCCCAACGUGAACGUCCAGGGGGACCAAAGCAAAGUAAAGGACCCGAACAGCACCAAAACGGCGCAGAGCCUCGUGAGCACCACCGACACGCUGAAAACGCUGAACUCCGUCAAUUCUGCAGAUGCGCCGAAGAAACCGAGAAGUAACUUCCCUAGCAGUAGCAGCAGCGCGAACUGCAGCGGCAGCAGUCAGGGAGCCAACUUCAUGACGGGAAAGAACAUGAUAGUAGAACACGUGUGUAACGGUACGGACAACCACAUGCAACACAUUUCUACACCGGACCCGAACUCCACAGUGGAGUUGCUAUCAAAUGACGCAGGUAGCAACACCAUGCCAUUGAGGAGCUCACACGGGAGGUUCGUCAAACAUUUUUCAGACAACUAUUACAAUAAAUAUCACACGACAAGCAAGAGACUGAAUAAUUACAUGCACAGCUUUCACCAUUCCAGCACCCUAGGCAACAAUGCGGUUCCUCCUGCGUACCCAGUGGAACCCCUCAGCGAUAUACAUAAGACGAGCGAAGUAGUGGAUGUGUUUCGAGGCACCGGUGCAAGUAGCAACACCCGUUUGUAUUAUACUCAAAAGGGCGAAAAUGGGAGCUCUUUUGGGGGUGCACUUGGAAGCGUCACCGGAUGUCUGAUUAGCGAUGAAAAUGGAAGCGAAUCAGAGAGUGGAAGCCCCAUCGAGUACACAGGAAUGAGUAAGUACCCCCAUAACGUGGAAGGUGCAGCAACGAAAAUGAAUUCGAAGAAUGAAACUACAACGUAUGACUAUGCAGAUGAUCGUUUUGACCACGUCCUUAAUGAACGCGUUGGUACCAAUGAUAGGGAGGAGACGGACAGAGGAGAGCUUUAUUCCUGUGGUAUGAGGCGAACGUUUCAUAUACCGAUCGAACCAAAGGCUACAGGAAUAAACAGUAAACUGUAUUAUCACCCGAACCAAAUAGGAGGACAUAAGUUUUUAAUGAAUGGGAAUCCAACCGCUUCGUACAACUGUGGCCAAUUGGGGGAGGACACAAAUGCCGACAAAGUGCAGGUAGCUAGAUUGAAUCAUCUGAAGAAUAAGAUUUAUGUGCAUCAGAAAAAAAACAUGUUUUGCAAUCCCAGUGUGGAGGGAAGGACGGGCGUGAAUAUGUACAGUCAGUUUUUUACGAAUGGCACAACGGGAGAGGGUAGCGUCGACGGGGGGGGGAGCGGAAAGUGGGACGGAAAGUGGAACGGCAAUUGGAGUGCAAAGUGGGACGGAAACUGGAGUGGAAAGUGGGACGGAAACUGGAACAGCUUUGCGCCCCUCGGAGACUCACUUAGAAGCUCGAAGGGCAGAACGCAGAUGGGAGGCGAAAACGGGAACAUAACAUCCUUUCUAAAUAAUAUCUGGUACGACAAUGGUCAGAAUGGCUCAAGUGUCCCCUGCAGCCCAAGUGCUGGUUGCAGUGCUGGUUGCAGUGCUGGUUGCAAUGCUGCUUGUAGUGCUCCUUACAGUAGAUCUUAUAAGGAUUGGCAUAACAAGGGAAACACGGGAGGAUCGGACGAAUAUGGUAAUUACUGCCGCAGUGGUGCAAACAACCAUGCUGCUAGUACUAUUGGGAACAACGACAAAAGGGGUGUGCGAAACGAAGCGAUGUGUAACGCGGAAGUGGAAGAAGCUCUCCUGGCCGGAGAGGAGAAGGGGGAUGUUCAAAUGAACAAAAGCUCCCAUCUACAUGGAAAUGAAAAUGCAAACGAUUGGCAGUAUGGGGAAAUGGAGUGCGAAGAAGUGAACGGAGCAAGCCAAAGUGACGAGAACUUUUAUCUUAGUUUUGAUCACGAGGAUUUGCGCGACGCGGCGGUUGGAAGUGGUAGCGCUGGUGGCAGCGGUGGCGGCAGCGGUGGCAGCAGAGGAAGCGCGGGAAGUGUCAACGACACGUCCAACUACUGCAAAAACAUGCAGCUCUUCUUCUCCUUCCUAAACACAUACGCAAACAAAAGCUCGCUAAACAUCGACGACUAUAUUAGCAAGGAAAACAUGCAGCUGUACGAAAUGCUGAACCCAAAAAUUGAUAAGCAGUCGGACAAGAACCUUUUGGAACACUCCUUUAUGGAACUCCUCUCGAAGAACAAGAAAAACGAGACGCAGUGUGAGCAGGAGCUCGAGGGGCAGCUGCCAAAUCAGUUGGAUAAAGAAGAGGCGCAGGACGAAGCGGGGAAAGAGCUCCACAAGUACAACACCAUGUCCUACUUGCAGGAAGACUAUGACCAAAUGUUGCAUUAUGACCCCCCCGAUUUUCUCAACGCGGGUCACUUCAGUUCUAGCUUUUAUGACCGCAUCGACGCGUAUGCCGCGGAUGAAAAUAAUAAGGAUGGCAAUGGUGAAGGCAGCGGUAACAACAAUGGCAGUGGCAAUCGCAGCGGCAAUCGCAGCGGCAGUGGCAAUCACAACCCGGGCAGCGGUGACAAAAGGCUGUACCAGGAAGAAGGACUCCCAGAGCAAGGCGAUGAACUUUUAGAUCGAUACCUGAGCGACAUGUACGUUUUUAAUGAUUAUACGGGUGCGAAUAAUUGCAGCAAGCCCAUGUUCAACUUUGAAGCGAGGAACGAUGGGGAUGCGGAUGCGGAUGCUAAUGGUGAGAAGAUGCACUGCAACACGGGUAAUGCCAACCCGGACAAUGAAAGCAGCGGCAAUAGCGGUAGCAGUGCCAACAGCAGCAGCAGUAGUAGUAGUAGCACCAGCUGCAGCAGCAAAGUCGUUUCGAGCGCGCUGGAGAUCGCAAGCAAGCGCGCUCCGACGUACUACGAAGACAGCAACAGGAGUGCGAACAGCGGCUUCAACUUCAAGACCAGCAGCGCGGGGAAAGGUGCGUAG